AGGGCAGACAUCACGUGACAAUAAUGAACAUGGACCUGUGAUGAACUGCCUCUCUAUACCGGAAAACUAUAUCACAUACCAGCUGCCAGACCACUGCUGAUAUGACAGAUUCAGGAGCAUAUUAUAAUCGUGUGGGUGAAUAUUGUGAUAUCCUAACGAAACAGCCGGGACCAUGGGGACCGUUUGAGAGUACAGACCGUAAUCUCUACUCAGACUACAGUGAAAUAAGCCCCUGGAAUACCAACUACCAGAAUCGUUUCAAGAGAGCCUCUAACCCUACAUGGAAAUACCUUUCUGGCACCAUGCCAGACUUUCAUCAGAUCAUUAGGGGACACACCACUCUCACGUUAAUAUUCUCCUUCCUGCGGUCUCUGGGGAUGUGGUUAGGAAUCAGCAAUCCUUUUCUCGGUCUCUGUGUGUUCGUUGGGAUCUGUUUAGGCUGCUGGCCGUAUGGUGUGAUAUAUGUAACUUGGUGUGUGUUGUGGGUUGGAGUGUGGGCCUUCUAUCUGGGAGUUCCUGACGAACAGAUUUAUAACGGUCUCUAUCCCUCCCAAGGGGUACUGUUGGGUUUUAUAGUGUACAGAGCUAACUUAGAAGAGGAUCAUGUCAGUCAGUUACCCCAGCUAGUGCUACUAAUCCCCUUCACUUUACUCACUCUACUCCUCUUCCAGGCUAUUGGCAUCUUCCUUGUGAAAGUAUUAAGAUGCACCCCUUUGUUCUUAGCCCCAGCACUGGUGGGGUUCAUGGUAGUCACUCUAAAGUCACACAGCACCUACCUCUUCACAAGUCCUGCUCCUACCCUAGACCUCAAACCAACCAGUGUGGACGCUGACAAUAUUAUGUUUUUUGUUAACUGUGAUAAUCCUGGUAGUGCCGACUGCUCUGUUACAGCGAGCCAGUUUGGUAUUGAUUUGUAUAAAGGAAUGUCGUAUGUUCUAUUUACAGAUAGAUGGGAAAGCAUCAUCCCACUCACUAUAGGGUUACUGAUAACUUCGCCGAUCUCCUGCCUAAUGGCGUGGAUAGGAGCAGUUGCAGGAGCAGUCAGUGCUAUCCUCCUUUCCCCCCUCUGGACUACUGUCUCAAUUAAACUCCUUAUAUUCCCCUCGGUCUUCACCAUGAUGAGCAUUUCUGGGCUCUACUUCGUCAUUGGAGUUCACUCAGUGAUAAUUGGUCUGUUUGCCUGCUUCUUCACGACUUUCCUAUCGAUAGUUCUUAACUCCUAUUUUGAGCUAUUUAACCUGGAAACCUCAGCCCCGCUAGCAGCUUACAUUGUCAUUAUUAUCCUCAAUAUCACUGGAGGAGCGUUUAGACGGAUACUUCAAGUAGAACUCAUGUCAGUGACCACACCAGAGGAUCACCUCAGACGUUAUUGGCUCUCCCAGAAGAUAAUAACAGAUUUAAAGAUACGGACUGGGAAACGUAAAAUUGCUCCAUCUGCUUAUAAAAACAUUGAAAAAAGCAUUCUGCCUAUUUUACUUUGUGCUUACGCAAAACAUGGUUUUAUAAAGAAGAUAAAGGAACUGAUUGACUUAGGGGCUGAUUUAAACGCAAGUGACUAUGACGGGAGAUGUGCGUUACACCUGGCCUGUGCUGAGAACAGAGAGGAACUGGUACAUCUGCUCCUACAGAAUCAGGCUGAUAUUCACCAGACUGAUAAUUUCCAGAACAACGCCCUCAGUUCCGCUAUUCUUCACGGACACUUUAACCUUGCUAAAUACAUAUAUAAAAAGGGAGGUAGACUCAGGCUGAAGAAAAGUCAGAUAUCUUCCAUGCUGUGUUAUAUGGUCGCUUACGACGACCUCGACCGACUUAAAAUUUGGUUAGAUUGUGGUGCGGAUCCCAACUCGAGUGACUACGACAACAGGACACCUCUACACAUUGCGUACUCUAAGAAAAACGACAAGAUGAUCAAUUUCCUCAAACGUUAUGCGCCUAAGAAAGAGGUUGAAGACAGAUGGGGUAAGAAACCUUCAGAAUGCUACGGGAAAACUGUUCAGGACCUGCAGCCUGUUAAAGACGUUAAGAAAAAGAUUGAUCAAAGCGCCGAACUGAUGAGGAACAGACACCAGCAUGGCAAAAGGAGUCGUCAGCAUAUGAAGAUAGACCCAGUCAUCCUAGAGGGAAUCAUCAGGCACAUCAUGAGGACUGAUGAUAAGGAUAAGAUUAUGGCCUUACUACCAUCCCUUGUCUGCGAGGUGGUCGCUAAAAAAGAGAGGGAUAUCAUGCACAUCCUUAUCAAAGAGAACGUUCUCAUCGACUUGAAUGUGGCGGACUAUGAUUUGCGGACACCACUUCACAUAGCAUGCGCUACGGGAGACAUAGCAACAGUAAAAACUCUCUGCUGGAAUAACGCUAACAUUAAUGCUAUCGACAGGUUCGGUUACUCGCCCCUACUGGAGGCAUGUAAAAGUGAGCACGAUGACGUGUGUGAGUUCCUGCUGGACCAGGGAGCCCAGCUGUGUUUACCGCUGGAGAUGCAGGUUUCAGAGUUGUGCUGGGCUGUUUUUAGUAACGACUUUGAGAUGAUUCAACGUCUUGUGAACGCAGGGAUCAACAUACACUCGGGAGAUUACGAUGGUAGAACAUGUCUUGCUGUAGCGUUUGACAACAAAAACAAGAACAUGAUGAAACUGCUAAAACAAUACAUAGACUACAGUUCCAUUUCAAGCUACUGGAGCAGUGGAAGUAGUAGUGGUAGUAGUAACAGUUCGGGUAGCUGCUGCAACAGCCGCACCGCGUCCCCCGUGCCUGAAGAAGAGGGGGAGGAGGGGGAGACCCCUGCCACAACAUCUUCAAGAAGUAAUGAUGUUAGUCUUUGUAUCGAAGAAGAGAACAGCGCCCUGAUACGACCCAGUGUUUAGUUUUUAAAUGAUUAAGAAUGGGAGCUGAUUAUAGAUUUAUUUUAUUAAUGAUUAUUCUGUUACACUUACAUGUUAGUGUUGAUGUUAUAAGUUUGAGUUUCAGUCAGAGGUUUUUAGUAUCGAUAACAGAUAAGUUAUUUUUAUCAUAGAAUUAAAGCUAAGUCUUAUUAAAGGGCGAAAUAUGAUGAAUUUUUGUUAUGUUUGAUAUCUUAUUCAUUAUUGAACUUUA